AAACAAGUCAGGGAUCGGUCCUUGUUGCUCUGCCUGUCCAUUUCUUGGGUGCUAUAAAAGAUGGCAGAUGGCGAAGAUAUCCAACCUCUCGUGUGCGACAAUGGAACUGGAAUGGUCAAGGCUGGAUUUGCCGGAGAUGAUGCCCCACGGGCUGUCUUUCCUAGCAUCGUGGGUCGACCGCGUCAUACCGGUGUGAUGGUGGGCAUGGGCCAGAAAGAUGCAUACGUCGGGGACGAGGCUCAAUCCAAACGAGGUAUCCUAACGCUGAAGUAUCCAAUCGAACAUGGCAUUGUGAGCAACUGGGAUGACAUGGAGAAAAUUUGGCACCACACUUUCUAUAAUGAGCUUCGAGUGGCACCAGAGGAACACCCUGUGCUCCUCACCGAAGCACCUCUCAAUCCCAAGGCUAAUCGUGAGAAGAUGACCCAGAUCAUGUUUGAGACCUUCAAUGCUCCGGCCAUGUACGUCGCCAUCCAGGCUGUUCUCUCUCUUUAUGCUAGUGGUCGAACCACAGGCAUUGUGCUCGACUCCGGUGACGGUGUCAGUCACACGGUUCCUAUAUAUGAGGGGUAUGCGCUCCCGCAUGCCAUUCUUCGUCUGGACUUGGCAGGCCGCGACCUCACCGACGCUCUGAUGAAGAUCUUGACAGAGCGCGGUUACUCCUUCACCACCACGGCGGAGCGUGAAAUCGUCCGAGACAUCAAGGAGAAACUUGCGUACAUUGCUCUCGACUACGAGCAGGAGCUGGAGAUGGCGAAGACCAGCUCGUCGGUGGAGAAGAACUACGAGUUGCCCGACGGACAGGUGAUCACCAUCGGCGCAGAGCGGUUCCGCUGCCCUGAGGUCCUCUUCCAGCCCUCCAUGAUCGGGAUGGAAGCUGCGGGCAUACACGAGACCACCUACAACUCGAUCAUGAAGUGCGAUGUGGACAUCAGGAAGGAUCUGUACGGCAACAUCGUCCUGAGCGGAGGAUCCACCAUGUUCCCGGGCAUCGCGGAUAGGAUGAGCAAGGAGAUCACUGCGUUGGCUCCAAGCAGCAUGAAGAUCAAGGUGGUGGCUCCCCCGGAAAGGAAGUACAGCGUGUGGAUCGGGGGAUCGAUCUUGGCAUCCCUGAGCACCUUCCAACAGAUGUGGAUCGCAAAGGCGGAGUACGAUGAGUCCGGUCCUUCGAUCGUGCACAGGAAAUGCUUCUAAGUCUUCUCACUUUGAGUUUGAACGUGUGGGGAGAGAGAGAGAGAGAGAGAGAGAGAGAGAUUGAAGCUGUGCUUUCUUUCUCCCACCAAACAAUUAUUCAAACAUUUAGUCCUACAACUGAUGGAUGAUCAAUAAUUCUGACUCAGAC